AUGAGGCGAGCAUGCUUCAUCUGCUCUUCGCGACAUGUAACUCCCGUUUGCCCGUUUACAGGCAGCGAUGCGUUCGGCUGGUCCAUGUACGCCAACCCCGAGCGCACCUGGUUCCUGCACGCCGGGCAACACCGCGACCGCACAGACGGAGGCGUCCGUGUCACCUCGACUCGCGGCAACAAAGCUUCGGUACUCGGCGUCCGGCUCGACCUGGACCAAAGUCAGCUGGCCUACUACCUGGACGGAGAGCCGCAUGGUCCGAUCGCAUUCACCGACCUGCACAACUCGGCCAGACUGACUCAAGUCCACGGCAUCGACGCCAAAUCGGCUCCGGCCUCCUCCGCCUCCGCCUCCGCGUCGGACAAGACCUCUCUCGCCGGCUCCAGCCUCACUUCGGUGCUCGUCUUUUAUCCCGCCAUCAGUCUCAGCCAUCUGGCGCGAGUCACCUUGGUUACUGGACUUGAGCCGCCCAGCGAGAGCGAGGCCUCAAGUGAGGCCAGCCAAAGUUCGCCCGUCUCUUCGCGACACUCUUCGCCGUCGCCACCACCCUCGCGCCCGUUGUCACCCUCAUGCCCAGCCUCUUCGUUUCAUCCCGUCCAGCCUGGCCCCCUCGCGGUCGGCAUCGGCCACACGACUAGACCGUUGGGCCUUGUCGACACGUCGUCUACUCCACUCACUGUUGCCAUGGCGGCUGCGCGAAGACAGCCAUCCGAGCGACAUCCGACCGGUGACCGACGCCAAGGGUCUUUUGAGUCGGACAUCAAUCCUCUACGACACUCGGAGACUUUUGUCAUGGAAUCGGAGUCUCGAAUUCUUCUCGCACCCUCCGACAGCCUCGGAAGUCCAUCGACGCACAAUCGUCUCUGCAACCAGCCCCGAGGACGUAUCGUCCUCAGCCCGCCACGUCGACAACAGACAAACACAAUGUCGCCUAGCAACUCCACUAGCUCCUCGAUCAAUUACCCUGUCUCUAUGGCGUCCAACAUGUGGCAAAACAGCCAACAGUCUCAACAACAACAACAGCCCCAAUAUCAUCCUCUU